AUGGGGUGCAGCACCACCUGUGUGUCUGGCAACGUCGAAGAUAUCUCAGAUGUUGAAGCCGCCAUCAACGCAGCCCUGCCUGCCCCUGAAGGCCUUGCUGGGAUUUUCCACAUGCCCAUGUUACUUCGAGACCGUCCCAUGGAUGAGAUGUCCUGGGAGGAUUGGUCCGCUGCCGUUGGGCCUAAGGUCGUCGGAGCGCAAAACAUACAUGCUGUUUUACAGUGCCAGAAACCAAAGCUUGAUUUCUUCCUACUUCUAAGCUCGGUCAGCGGGAUCGUUGGUCAGCGAGGCCAGGCUAAUUACAACGCCGCCAACACUUACCUGGACGCUUUCGCUGUCUACCGUCGUAGUCUAGGGCUUCCCGCCAGCGUACUUGAUCUCGGCAUCGUAAGGUCCGUUGGAGCUGUAGCGCGGGAUAGAAGACUUGCGGCUCAGUUCCACAAGGCCGGCUAUGUGUAUUUAGGAGAAAAGGCUGUCAUGCGCGCUAUCGCCAUCACAAUCCAGCCAGCCGCACCACCGCAACUUGUCUUGGGUAUGGUUUCUGACCCCAGCACAGGAACCCAAACGAAUCAAUUUAUUUGGGAGCGUGAUCCGAGGAUGGCUAAGGCUUUUAUCGGCCCCCAUUAUGAUGAGAAUGUCAACACCGAGGACAUGACUUUGACCAAGUGUCAUGAGUUCAUUCACUUUGCGCGAGAACAGCCGGAUCAACUCAAUACAACAAAAAGCCAAGUUUCACUAGCUUCAUUACUAGGAAGAGCCCUGCUUGGGUUCCUUGUCAAACCGCUGGAGCAGCUAUCUCUUACAACGAGCAUGACUUCCCUGGGCUUGGACUCGUUCGCAGCGGUUGAGCUGACUGCUUGGGUUCAGCAGCAAUUUGACAUUCGGCUGCCGCCGAGCGAUGUCAACUCAGGCAUCAACCUACUACAAUUGGCCGAUAAAGUGAUUAGCAAUCUGUUAGAUAAGUAUCAAUCGGCGGAUUCAGUGUCUAAAACGCCUAGCAAUUAG